AAUUCUCUCCUGUUACUCCAAGUUUCGUUCAUCCGGUUGCUAUAAAAUUAAAUGUGGGAGGAAUUACUUAUAUGACAACACAACAAACAUUAUGUACAUAUCCUUCUUAUUUAUCCGAAUUAUUUUUCAUAUUUCGAUCCCCUAAUUUACCCCCUUCUUCAGCUCAUCCUCAAUAUCCUUGGCCAGAAGAAUUAUUCAUCGAUAGAGAUGGUGAAUUAUUCAAUUAUAUUUUAUCAUUUUUAAGGACUGGCACUUUACCAAACUCCAUCCCAUUAAGCAUUUUACAAAAAUUAGAUUAUGAAGCAAGUUUUUAUGGUAUUAAACCAUUACAAACUUUAAUUUCCCAUCGCGUAAAAAUACAUACCACCUCCCCUAAGUAUAAAGUAAUUCCUAUUGAAAGAUUAAGUAAUGAUGAACCCGAUUUUGUUGAUGGUGAAGAAAUUGUUACUUCUAAUGUUAUUGGUAUAAGAAGAUCGAACUCAUCUUCUUAUUCAAUUUCUUCUUUACAUCAAAGAAAUCGUUUCAAUUCCGAUAAUAUUUCUUUAAAUUCUAAUUCUUCCGGUGAUUCAUCUGAAAUAGUUCCUAUUAUUUAUAAUCCUUGUAAUACAACAACUACCUCUGCCUCUCGUACUCCCACAACUAGUUAUACUCCAAUUACUCGUACCCCAAAAUCUUCUACUUCUACACAAAAUAAUUUUUAUGUUUCUUCCGCUGCCUCUCAAAAUUGUGAUUACAAACCUGAAUAUGAGAUCAUUUCUAUUACAAAAAUUCCUAUCAUAUUAAAAGAUAAUAAUUAUACUUUUGAUAAUUUCGAUAAAAUGAAUUAUUUAUAUGAUGAAGAAUUUCAUACAAAAGAGUUGGCAACUUUUGUUGUAUUACAACGCAAAGAUGAAUGAAACUUCUUUAGGGUAAAAAUUUACUA